AGACUGGAGUAAAGUAAAUAUGUUCCUUGGACUGGUCUGUCACCAUUGGUCACAAGAUAAAUCCAAAAAUAUAUAUUAAACUCAUACACAUAAAACAUAGUAUAUGUACAAUUUUAUAUAUUGAACUGUGAUUGUGAAUUGAACAACUUUUGUUUAGUUGUGCGUGUGCGAGGCGAGUUGUGCUUGUGAUUACGUCUGUCAGGUGCUUUUCAGCAACCAAAGUUGUGUGUAAUGGAUUGAUUGCGUUGUUUCUUUGAUUUUUGUUUAACUAUAAUACCUCAUGGACAUUCGAAAUGGGUUCAUUAUUGGCAAAGCAAUUGUGAAUGGGGCCUGGUUUCAAUUUGCACCGUAACUAAAUGAAUGAUGCAGUCAAUAUUCUGGACAGGCAGAGUGCUAUCACGUGCUAUUAGAAAUGGACUUUCGAGUUUUUCCAAUGCAGCGGAAUUAAACGUUUCGAAUAAGAAACAUCCUUAUUUAGUGUCAGUUGUUUGUGGUUUUCCUAAAGACAUUGCUAAUGGAAGAUCUCAUAAAGGACAGUUUGGAGACGACGCAUGGUUUUCCACAAAUUUCAACAAUGCAGAUGUCAUUGGAGUUGCUGAUGGAGUGGGAGGCUGGCGCGCCUAUGGCAUUGAUCCUGGGGAGUUCUCAUCAUAUCUCAUGAGAACAUGUGAGAGGCUCGUCCGAAUGGGACAUUUUAAGAUGUCAGAGCCUGGAGACCUCCUAGCUAAGUCAUAUUAUGAGCUGCUAGAACACAAAAAACCAAUUUUAGGUAGCAGCACGGCUUGCGUAAUGAUCCUCGACCGCAACGAGUCGAUCAUGCGCGCCGCGAACAUUGGCGACAGCGGCUUCAUGGUGGUGCGCGGCGGGCGCGUGGUACACCGCUCUCAUGAGCAGCAACACUAUUUCAACACGCCCUACCAGCUCAGCUUGCCGCCGCCGGGACACGACAGGAACGUUCUUAGUGAUAGGCCAGAGUCAGCAGAGACGGCCGAGUUCAAAGUGGAGUGUGGCGACGUGAUCCUCGUGGCGACGGACGGCGUGUUCGACAACGUGCCGGAGCCGGUGCUGGUUGCGGAGAUGCGGCGCGCGGGCGGCGCGGCGGGGGCGGGGGAGCAGCACCUGCAGGGCGUCGCCAACUCCAUCGCGUGGAUGGCGAGGAACCUGUCUUUCGAUGGUUGCUACAUGUCGCCCUUCGCGAAGAGCGCGCGCCAGAACGGCAUCGAUGCUAUAGGAGGAAAACCAGACGACAUAACGGUGCUACUUGCAAUUGUAGCGCUAUGAAGAUGUCAUCAAUAUUGUGAUUUAUUAGAUUAUAUUUUUUAGGAACUGGUUUUUUUUAAACCACUUGCAUACUAGCUUAACAACGACACCAAAAAAUGAUUUUUUUUUAAAUAUUGGUCCUAUUGAAUUUAGCCAUAGUUUCGAUUGUCAAUUUUACUUAUAAAUGCAAUUAUGUAAAUUGUAUUUAUAUUUAUAAUAUAAUGUUGGACAAGAACAGUAAGGUACAGUAAGAUCUGAUUCCAAAUUAUCAUCAGAUGGUCAGUCUCAGCAUUUCGACCACUAGAUCACACAAAAAAAUGUUAAAUUUAAAAAUUGUUAGAUUUUCAUGUUAAAAAUGUCAUAAAUACUAGAUUAUACAGAAAAAAGCAUUGUUAUUUGCAAUGUUGUGUAUUAGAUUACACAAAAAAAAUUACAUUUUCAUUGUGAAAGCCUCUCAGGAUAAUCAGGCAAAUCGAAUCACUGCAAAAAUUCUAGAAUUGUUGCAAACGACCAGAUAACUGGAAACCAUUGUGUUUCUCCAUCAUUUAGUCCAUUUUUAUGUGGUGAAGUAUUUCAAAGUGUGACUAAAAAGAAAUAAUCUUAAGUUAACGUGAAGAGUUUCUAGGUAAAAAAAUUAUAAUCUCUCAUAAAUUGCAAGAUUUUGCAAUUGUCCAAUUUUUCCAACUGCUACAUAGUGUUAAUACUGUGUGAAGCUUUAAUCACUUGAUGGUCCGUGGGUGGACAUUCCUAGGUUCAAUUCUAAAAUUUUGUAGAUACAUUCUCUUGAUAAAUAAUUCUUAUGCAUAAUUACAUGUAAAAAAAAAUGUAAAACAAAAGUAUUACCACUAUUGCAUUAACCAGUUAACCGCGUCUUUACUGUUUUUCAAAAUUCUAACCAAAGUAGUAAACAUCAAAAAGACUAGUUAUGUGUUAUAGUCUUGAAAAUAAAUAUUUUCUAUUAAGAGUGUGCAAUAUGUAAUUUGGUGGUUACAAAUGGUUCUGGAUCUCAGAUUCUGGAAAAGUUAGGAGCCUGAUAUUUGGGUAAAUGAUAUUUCAAAGUGUUAGCUUCGUUAUGACUAUACAAAAUACACAAUUUGUAAAACUUUUCUCGAUAGUUUAUUUUUUUGAAAAAUACAUGUUUUGCUCACAUUUGCUUUCAAUCUCAGGAAAAGCAAACUUUUUUUUUUUAAUUUUUGUUUUGUAUAGAAAAUUAGGUAUAUAUCUUGAACAUGACAAUUUUGUUUUUCUAAAUUGUUUUAGCACUCACGUCAUAAAAUUUACGUUGCGCGUCAAUCGCUCCGUGCUUUUCACUCACGUGAAAGUCAUAAUUCGGCGUCUCGUUUGCGCUUCGAAUUUUAUCCAUAUCGUACCGACACGCCGCGCUCCUAAUAAAUUUCUCAAAAAACCUAAAGAAGUAUCCACUAUGUUACAAUCAAUUAUUGUAUCAGCUUUAUUCCUUACCGUCUCUAGUUACUGAUCUGUAUAGUUGUAUACGUCUAGAGAUGAGCGCAAUGUCCAAGGGUAAGGGAUAAAUUGUACUUGAUACAGUAAUGAAAUUGCAUCAGUGGUAAUAAAUAAAUUUUCGAUUAUAAAAACACAUACAUACAUACAUACAUAGAACCUCUUCUGUGUUGGAAGUUGGUUAAAAAGUAACAAUCGGUGCUUACUGGUGGAUAUCACACAGUAGCUAAAUGUCAUUUUGUCAAUUGAUUUGAUGUUUACUUUAAUAGGUUUUUAACCGACUUCCAAAAAGGAGGAGGUUCUACGUUCGGCUGUAUGUAUGUUUUUAAUAAUAAAGACCAAAACAGUGAAUAUGCCAGCUGUUCUAAUAUGUAGCUGGAUAGUAAGCUAGUAAUAAAGUCAGGUCCAAUAUGACGUAAAGCUGUUUUUAUUUUUAAAUUCUCAAUCGAUUCAUUGUGUUAUGUCGUUGAGAUUUUGUAAAUUACUCGAGCAGUGUUAUUCGGUUAUGUUAUUAUUUUAUGUUCACCCAAUCAGUUUUAUCAAAGAUUAGCUGACGCCUCGCGGUUUCACCCGCGUGGUUCCCGUUCCCGUAGGAAUACGGAGAUAAUAAAUAGCCUAUAGCCUUCCUCGAUAAAUGGGCUAUCUAACACUGAAAGAAUUUUUCAAAUCAGACCAGUAGUUCCUCAUAUUAGCGCGUUCAAUCAAACAAACAAACUCUUCAGCUUAAAUAUAUUAGUAUAGAUUCACUUUUUAAAUUUCACAUACCCACUGGCAAAAUGGCAUUUGUUUCACCAGAUGGUAUGUGAUUACCACCGCCCAUGAAUCAUGUUGAGGUUAUUUCUUUAUCAACAUAUUAAAACUGGGCGGAAAGUCAUUGUUUCAACAAUAUUAACAAUGCUAUUUAAUUUGAAAAUAAACUAAGAAUGUUACUUUUUGUGAGGUAUCUAAGAUGGAAAAUUUUAUUUUGAAAUUAGCAAAAUGCUCAUCCCAGAGCGUUUGAAAAGUUAUUACAGAGUAUUCACCAAACUUCGAGCGCUUUGAUUAACCCUGGGAUAUGUUAUAGUGCACUGCAAUGAUAUUAAAUACUAGAUGUGUUACUAGCGCAUGAAAAAUGAGGCGCUCAAAAGAGGAAAUUUAUAGUCGACUCAAUGUUCGUUGUGGUCAACAAUAAACAACAAUUUAAACAAAUACCUAAUACCUAAAUAUUCUCUACAAUGUCGAGUUGUGUGUUCAAAAAGUGUAAAAACUAUAUAUACAUAAAUAUAUAAUGGACUUAAAGACAAAAUUGUGCAUGUGUGCGCUCAGUGUCGUAGCCUUUUAUUCGGAUCACUUUUUGCGGUGAUUUUGUAGGGACGUAACCAAUCUAUAGUAUAAAAUUAUCAUUGGUGUACUGCACAACCAUACGUCUCCUGUUCAGAGCGGACUUGAAGUUUGUCGCGGUCUAUACGUGCAUUGUGGUUUUGCCUGCUUUUGAGACUUAUUAGGAGUUCUAUUUACGCCUCACAGAUUCGUAAUGUUUUAUAUUGAUGUCAUAAGUCAUGCCUUCCUAUGCACAGACAUAGUCGCGUGUUAGGUUGUUGUUAUAUUGCAUACUAAUGCCCGGCCGCUCAGAGAUUUUUUGACAGGUCGUGAUCGAAUAGGUGAUGUAACUUCGAACUGCCGUACAAAGUUGUUGAACUGCGCUGUUUCAAGGUUAUGCCAACUGUUUGUCUUGGUAGUGAUGGGACAAAUAACGAGGCAAUUGUAAUUGGAUGUUCGAUCGAUGAUUCGAUCAUGACCUGUCGGAAACGCAAUCACUGAGCGGCCGGACUUAAAUUGUAAAUGUGUGAUUCGGUGUUUGAAUGAAGACUGAUUUUUAUUUAAUUGAUUAUAAUGGUCAUGUUUGUAGAAUUGAGAUUUUGCUACGCCAUGUUUCAAAUUGGAACCAACGGCUAUGUGUUGUAUUCUUUUUUUUUAAAUUAAUUUUUCUACUUUUUCGAUGUCAAUUAAGUAUUACAAGUCUCAGAUUUUACAAAAACUUGUGUAUGUUUCUUAUUGUAUUUUUCUAAACAAUACAAAUUUAAAUUUAUAUUCACCGUUCGGUAUUCAAAUCCGAGAAUUAUUAUUUUUUAAUUAAUGGUAAUUUUGCAAUGAAAUAUUUCUUUAGGUAUUUAAAAUGUAAAAAUAAUAUACUUGAAACAAAGCAAUUUUUAUAAAAUUUAAUUUGUUUGUAAUUACGAAAAUAUUCCUACAUUUGCGACGGUCUACUAAACUAGCUAAUAUUUUUGUUGUGGCAACAUUUGAGGGAGUCUUUCAAACGACCGUAGACUGAGAAAUAAAUAGAUAACAGAUUGGCGUGCCGUUGUAAGUCAAAAUAUAUACGAUUUUGGCAUCUCAAAACUAAUUUACACCAAGUUCUUUCUUUUUUGGACCAUAACUGCUCUAGAAAAAAACGGCCUAAAUAUCGAAUCGCAUUAUCUCGUUUUUUACGUAUCGGUUAUCUUUUUGAGGGAAUGCGAUGGACGCUACCUAUGUCUAUUUACUUCUCUGUCUAAGUGCAAAUGAAAAGUUUAAAAAAUACUUUUUCGGAUAUACUUUCCUAAUUACUCCAAGGCUAACUGUACAGUACCUAAAUAGGUUUUUUUUUACUCCUGUUAGUUAAAUUUAACAUUAACGGCUUUUGAAUGCCGAACCACUUAAAAUUGUACGCGGUUGCUGAAGGUUGCUGCUUAGGUUUUUAUCAUCGUGACUUAGGAGUAUGAACGAAUUUAAAUGUGAUUUUCUUUUUUUUAUAUUUUUGUCUGACGCAUUUCAUUUCAUUAGGAAAAUAAUGUUUUUGUCUAAAAAAUACUACUAAAUACCUUUGUAUAACUUCAAAUUAUCUAAAUUAGAAUAUUGUUUAUUUUAAAAUAAAGACAACUUCAAGGCAUUUUACAAAUGUGUGUGUCUUAACGGUUGUAAGGGACAUGUUCACGAAAACUUAAAUCAACGAAACUUGGAAUUUGGUACUUGGUUGGUACAUUGUUCAUCAGUCCUUUUAAUGACUUUUUAACUAAUGACAACAUGGAAUGACCUAUAAGCAUAGUCCAUUUCAUUACGAUUUCAACUAAAAGUCCACAAAUUAGCAUUACAUUUUAAAACUCGCGCGUGUAGCUGUUUUUCGAAGAAUUAAACUAAUCGUCAGCAGUACAUAAGUGGAUGGGUUUGUCGCAUUCAUAGACUAAAUAAUAUAACAUACUUGUGCACUUAUACUGCUCAAAAUUUCUAAAUCACCAAUCAUUUCAGAUAAGUAGUUUAUUUUAUGAUAUCAUUGAAGACAUUAAUUUGUAACAUGUUCAUGGAGUUUCCGAUAACUUGUCCUUUACAUCCUAUAUAAUUCUCUCCUUAUGUUUAUAUUGAAUACAUACUUACUGUAAUAAUUAUAGUGUAAGGGUUGUUAUACAUAAACGGGCAGACAUGCGAAUCGGCUUUUUGCUACCUAGGCUACCCGAUGAUUGGUGUUAAGGCAAGUUUCGUUUUUUUAGUCACAACGGUGGUACAAACAGGUUUGACAACCGUCAAACAAUAACAUAUUUAUGCUUUUUUUUUUUUUUUUUUUUUUUCUCUUGUUUGUUGGUCUAUCGGAGAUCAGUCUCUAGACCAUAAUCCGAUCAAAUGACUAUUUUAGUAUGUCGUUUCGGGCUCUGCACAUCCACUGAUGUAGCGUCCCUCCAGGAAUAAGUAUAUACUACUAUACUAUGUUGGCCAGUCGUGUUCGUUUCAGGCGGAAUUUGCAGUCCCUGACGUCUAACAAUUUGACAGCCAGGUUGUUUUUAUGGCGCUCAAGCCUCUGUUUGUAGGCCUCUAGUGACCUGUCUAUUUCCUCCUUAACAGGUGAAAUGUUAAGAUGGCUAUGUGUUUCUGCAGUCUUGACGAACCAUGGUGCAUUGCAUAUUACAUUCAAUACAUUGUUUUGGAAGCGCUGAAGUAUUUCAAUGUUUGAGUGGCUAGCAGAGCCCCAGAGUUGAAUACCGUAGGUCCAUACUGGUUUUAUAACACAUUUAUUAUAUAUAUUUAUGCUUUUAAUAAAACAAUAUAUAAUUGUUUAUUUAAUUGUGAGCACGAAAUUUUUGCAAUUUAUAAGUAACCAGUUAGUUUAAAAAAUAUUGGUGAAAUGAAAGUUUAGUGAUGUUUGUUGGGAUGUCAAAAUCGUAUAUGUAUAUUUGACUAGCAAAAAUACGCCAAUCACUCGUCUAUUUACUACUACGUCUACGGAGUUGCAACAAUUUAUUGGUUACAAGGGAACACUUUUUAUAAAUCCAGACGUUUAUCGUACGUCUUCAGAGCACACAACUUAUGGCGGCGUCCAUAUAGUGUUUGUGCUGAUGUAAGCGUCGAUCGUGCCUAAUCGAUUAUAUGUAUGGCAACCCUAAGUAUAAGCAAGGAGCUGUAUUUUGCACUAUAGCUAUGGUACAUAAGUAUUAUCUAUUCUUUGUUCGUUCGGUGUUUUGUGUGAUUUUUUGUUUCUUUAAACAAAUCAUUAGGUAAUUUGGGCAUUUGUAAAUGAGAUAAAAUAAAUGUACCUACCUAUAUAAACAGUAAAAGAUUGUUUUGGAAAACAAAUACUCACACACUCCGCCGCGCGUACAAAUCCUUUGUAACAUUUUAGAAUGUCCUUUUUUACAUGUUGCGUGGUGUGUAAUCAAAAAUUAUUCAAAGUUACUACUAAUAUUAAAACGAAUGUGAAAUUGUUUCAGUGCAAACGUAAAUUUAUGUAAAUUCAUGUGCUACAAAUAAAUUAUGUAUGUAGACAAAUAAAUAAAUUUGAUUCACUUUG